UUAAACUUUUAAAGAAGAAGGGGAAAUACUCUCUCUGUAUUAUGUCACUCCACUGCAGGUGGCGCCCGAUUGUUGCACGGCGAGAAUUUUCCAAAGUUUCAAUUUUUUCGCUCUCUGAAGAACGGUUUGUCAUUUUCUCCACCGUGCUCGGCGUGAGUGCGUAAGCCGCUAAGCUUCAUCGACCGAUUUCCACCUAUUUAUAGUAAUGGAGCGUCCUUCGAACGAGAGAAGAUUAUCCCGAGCAGGAAAACGCGAAUUGAGAAUCGGAGGCUAUGGCGAGCUCUGAUGAAAAGCCGGUGAGCGUCAGUGAGAUCGAGGAAUGCGUGGAGGAUGAGGGUGGACUGGAGCGGAAGGGGGAGCCGGAGAAGGAGAGCGGAGGCGGGGUCGGGAGCGAGGAGACGCGGGAUGGUCGUGACGGCGGAAGCCCAGGAGCAGACGAUCCGGCGUCGUUUAAGUCUGUCUUCAGGGCUUCUUCACUUGUUCACUCUGAAGUGAAGGAGAGCCCUCUCAGCUCCGAUGCCAUUUUCCAGCAGCCUACUACAGUGAGCCAUGCAGGUCUCAUCAAUCUGUGUAUUAUUGUACUUAUUGCUUUUAACAGCAGGCUGAUUGUUGAGAAUCUCAUGAAGUAUGGACUGUUGAUCAAGUUGGGCUUUUUAAAAUCUUUGACGGAUUGGCCGCUUCUAAUGUGCGGCCUCAGCCUCCCGCUUUUUCCAAUUGCUGCUUUUCUUGUUGAAAAGCUAGUCCAUAGGAAGUACAUAAGUGAUCCAGUUGCAGUAACUUUACAUAUAAUACUUACAAGUGCUAUCCUUAUAUUUCCGGUUCUUGUCAUUCUAAGGUCUGAUUCUGCUAUUUUACCGGGUUUGGGAUUGAUGCUUCUUGCAUGCACCAUAUGGCUAAAGUUGGUUUCUUAUGCACAUGCAAACUAUGAUAUGAGAGCAAUCACAAAGUCUUGUCAUGAGGCUGAAUUUCCGUACAUGGAUUGCCUUUAUGAGGUUCGCUUCAAAAGCUUAAUAUACUUCAUGGUUGCUCCAACGUUAUGUUAUCAGCUGAUAUAUCCUCGCAAUGCAUGCAUUCGUAAGGGCUGGUUGGCCAACCAAUUUUGCAAGUUGAUUAUGUUUACAGGACUGAUGAUAUUUAUCAUAGAACAGUAUAUCAACCCUACUGUGCGGAACUCACAACACCCCUUUAAGGGAAACCUUUUAUAUGCCAUUGAAAGGGUCUUGAAGCUUUCAGUUCCUACCUUAUAUGUCUGGCUCUGCCUAUUCUAUUGCUUCUUUCAUCUUUGGCUAAAUAUACUUGCAGAGCUCCUGCGGUUUGGUGAUCGUGAGUUUUACAAAGAUUGGUGGAAUGCCAGAACAAUUGAUGAGUACUGGAGGAAGUGGAAUAUGCCUGUUCAUAAGUGGAUUGUUCGCCAUAUAUAUUUUCCCUGCAUAAGGAAUGGCUUGCCAAAGAGCAUAGCGGUUUUGAUUUCCUUUCUUCUAUCUGCUGUUUUCCAUGAGCUCUGUAUAGCCGUUCCCUGUCAUAUCUUCAGGUGUUGGGCAUUUCUUGGAAUUAUGUUUCAGGUUCCCCUAGUCGUGCUGACUAAUUACUUGCGAGACAGAUUCGGAAGUUCAGUGGUGGGGAACAUAAUAUUUUGGUGCUUCUUCAGCAUAUAUGGUCAGCCCAUGUGUCUGCUGCUUUAUUACCAUGACCGCAUGACAGCUAGCAAAAACUGAGUGUAUUAGUAGUAAAAUUUGUAGCGGUAGGGGAGACAUCUCCCCCCUCCCCCCCCCCUGUAAAUCAGUCUGUCAACCCUCUGAACUAUAUAUGCUUGGCAUAAGAGGGGUUCUAUUGUUGUUCCAUCUGUUGUAUUAUUGGCUCACAAUAGUGGGCGCUCUUCCUUUGUAUUUCGGCUCGCUUUUCGUCUGUGUGGGCGGGUCGGUCUGUAUUUGGGCUCGCUUCCAUCUAUAUGGGCGGGUGGUCUGUAUUCUGGAUUGGAUUAAUGU